AUGGGAUGGUGUCGCCUAUGGAUAUAUAAUUACGGACUCUUGGUAAAACCGCUGUAUGAAUUAUUAAAAUCUGAUAAAAAACUCCUUAUCUGGAAUGAGGAAGCAGAAAAAGCAUUCCAACAGCUAAAGAAAAAGCUGAUGGAUGCCGCUGCUUUGGGAUUGCCAGAUACUACUAAGCCCUUCUGGCUGUUCUCUCAUGAAAAGCAGGGAAUAGCCCUAGGAAUCCUAACCCAAAAUCUGGGACCGUAUCAGAGGGCGGUAGCAUACUUCUCUAAACAACUUGAUGAAGUAAACAAGGGUUGGGCUAGCUACCUGAGGGCAGUAGCAGCAGUAGUGCUGAACAUUCAAGAAGCACGUAAAUUUACACUAGGCCAAAAGAUUACAGUACUGGUAUCUCAUACUGUAUCAGCAGUAUUGGAGGUGAAGGGAGGGCACUGGCUCUCACCACAAAGAUUUCUUAGAUACCAAGCUAUCCUAGUGGAACAGGAUGAUGUGGAAAUAGUGGUUACUAACAUUGUCAAUCCAGCAUCUUUCCUCAGCGGGGCUACAGGGGAACCAGUAUCGCAUGACUGCUUGGAAAUGAUUGAAGCGGUAUAUUCCAGCCGACCUGAUCUGAAAGAGGAGCCACUGGAAGACGCUGAAGAUUCCUGGUACACUGACAGAAGCAGCUUCGUUCGACAACGAGUCCGCAAAGCAGGAUACGCAGUAACCACUACAGAUCAGGUAAUUGAGUCCAAAGCCCUUGCCCCAAACACCUCAGCUCAAAAGGCAGAAAUAAUAGCCUUAACUCGAGCAUUAGAACUAGCUAAAGGCAAGAAAAUUAAUAUCUGGAUGGACUCAAAAUACGCCUUUGGGGUAGUCCAUGCUCAUGGAGCUGUGUGGAAGGAAAGAGGACUUUUGUCUACCCAAGGAAAACACAUAAAACAUGCUGAAGAAAUUCUUAAGCUCCUGGAAGCAGUGCAGCUACCCGAGAAAGUGGCUAUUAUGCAUUGCAAAGCUCAUCAGAAAGGAGACACCGCUCAGGAAAUGGGCAACACCACGGCGGACCGCGAGGCUACACGAGUAGCUGAAAAGAGUGAAUUGGGAGUACAGUCUUUAGUCCCAGACGGUAAAAUACAAAUUGAUUGUGACCCAAGUAUUCUAAAGAAGAUCAAAAAUUAA